ACAUGUUCUCCAAUUGCUAUAGCUGAAGAAAUUAAUUUGACCAUCAAUCUGAUCAUUAAUAAUAGUUCUUUCAAGAUCUCCAAAUUAUUGAAUAAUUCUGAUAGUGACAAAAUCGAAGUCAUUGUAGCAGCAGUAGAAGAUGG